AUGGACACUUACGCAGCGUUGCUAAGUUUCAACUUUAUGGCCUCGUGGCGGACGGGCAACACAGUGAUCGAUACAAUGAUCGCGAUCAUUAUUCCGUUCUUGACGGAGAAAUUUUCUCGUUUUCUUACUGUUGACUGGCCGAACUUUAUCAGGUGGGUUAUUCAUUUCUUCAGUGCAGGUCGUGAGGAGGCGCGGAUUCAACACGGCCUGACUGAUGAAUAUAUGCACGCAGUAGAUCUGACUGAGGGUGCUGUUUUACAGGAAGCUGUGGAGCAGUACGUUAGCGAACAGUUGAAGCCAGUGUAUAAGAAAGGAGAAUUUCUGUUUACCUAUGUUGGGGUUCGUGACACGGCAAGUCGGUCAGAUAAUUUGGCCAAAGUACUACGCCAAGACUUCAAACUUAUCUCCCGUCCCUUGAAGGAAAAAACAGAUCUUGGUAACGGUAUAACGUUAGAAAUACGGGAGGGUGAAGAUGUUGCAAGCGACGACAGAGGGGAUGGAACAUCGAAUGAUAGACAUAAAGGCCUUUCCGGUGAAGUAAGUGAGGGAACCGUAUCACGCAAAGCAAUUAUGCGAGAACUUGUCCUAACAGCUGAUGGGAAGUUAGGAAACGGGAAAGACAAAGUUAUGGAACUUGUGCACAACGCCUACGAUCUGUACGUUAAAAGGAGGGACGACACAGUUAAUACUCAACGCUACCUCUACCAAGUUGUUCAGAGUGGAGACGAGAAAUCGGCCUCCCAGCCAGGGUUAAUGAGGGUUAAGCGAUAUCCCUUGUAUGAUGUGAAAUCGUUCAAGUCACUGUUCUUCCCCAAUAAGCAAAAACUCAUUGACCUUGUUGAUCAAUUUGAAUGUAAAACCGGUAAAUUCGCGGUACCGGGAUUUCCUCACAAAUUAACACUUCUUCUGCAUGGUCCACCUGGAACCGGCAAAACAAGCCUCGUAAAAGCGAUUGCUCAGCACACCGGACGGCAUAUUAUGGCUGUUCCCUUAUCACAAGUGCGAACGAAUCAGGAACUUAUCGCCUACAUGAAUGAUCAGCAGUUCGAAAUUGUCAACAGUCGAGGGAGUGUUACAAAGAUAUCUCUUCGCGCAGAGAGGGUCAUCUAUUUAUUGGAAGAUGCUGAUGCCACUUCCGAUAUCAUAUUAGCAGCGAAGAAAAAUGACAAUGCAGCCACUAGGGCGCUGAGCGACGCUGUCAAACCAUUUAAGAAUAUCGAUUCUAUUAGUAUUAAAGGAGUGUUGGAUGCCUUCGGUGGCAUACUUUCCGCACCGAGGAGAAUCAUUAUAAUGACGACGAAUCAUAUUGAUCGACUUCAUAGCUCACUAGUAAGACCGGGGUUUGUUACCAUGCAACUAUACCUGGGAGAGUUCACGGAAGAAUAUGCUUUGCAAAUGGCAAGACAUUAUUAUGGUUGUGACCCCACAAGUGAAGAGCAGCUGCAAUGUCUUGAGCGCGUUUUGCGCGAAGCGGGUGAGAAGGGAAUUCGUUUUAGUCCUUCAGAGAUGGAGCAACUCUGUGCCGAGUACGAUACCCUUCAAGAGCUCGUGGAGGCAUGCGCAAAAGGAAGUAGGCGAUCUGUCUUCUAG